AUGCCUUGCCCCCCCUCGGCUGUCACGGUGCACUCCACUUUGCCAGUUGUUGUUGUUUCUGGAUUUUCGGCGGAGGAGGAAGGUGAGUGCGGUUGGACUUGCUGUAUUCCUCUCCAGGCUAUGCUGACGGAGAGCGAAGCCGAAGAGGGUGCUCUGAGUUCGUCGGAGGACGAAGAGAACCUAGAAACUAGAGGCGCGCAGAACUCGCCUACCCCGGUUCUAGCCAUCCUCCCUUCUCUAAAUCUUCUCCGCUCCCUCUCCGCACAGCAGGCACUGCGCGCUCUGGAGGCACAUCAGCAGCAGCAAGAGCAGCAAAAACAGCAGCAACACCACACACAAGGCGAAGGUGUUUUGCUUUCUUGGCGGCAAUUAAACUGCCCUGCAUCGUUUUACGGUCCAUUGUUUUUGAAGCCAAGAGAUCUCCAAUUGGAAACGCAGCGGUGGAUUGAGCGGAGUGAGAAUCGGCAAGGGGAAGGGUUGCCUUUACACGAAGAAGCCUCGCAAGCGCAGCAGGUUGCUCAUCAGGAGGAGUUGCUUGUUGCAGAGCUGCAGAGGCGUCUUUCUGUGCGCUUUGAGGGGCAGCAGUCGGCGAAGCAGCUAGAAAACUCCCCCCUCCAGCUUGAGCACGUUGCUCUCAGCAGCUGCGGCAGCCUUCUCGCCAUGUCUUUCUCCUCAGACGAGCUGCUGCUGCUGCGUCUUACCUCCGAGGGGGUGACGGGGUGUACAGACAGCAGCGCUUCCAACAGCGCUGCCAGCCUCGACGCUAGGGGUGGUGAUAGGGGCACUGUUGAGGCUGCGUAUUAUGAGCCAUUUGCCUUUUUGCCUGCCCCCUUCUUGUGGCUCCUUCGCUCGCGGGGAGCUGAACACUUCCGGCUGCACGGUAGUCUUCCGCGCAAAGAACAAGUAGCUUUGCAGCCUCUCGCCUUCUUGGGGGCAGCUGCUCCUCCCGAGCAGCGCAUGCAGCCUCUGCGCAGGAGGAGCAGCGAGGAGCUGCCUGCGGCAGACACACUGACACAGCAAGUUGCGCUGCUGCAAGUUCGCGGGAAGGCACCCCCUAUGCAUCUCGCAGCGUCUGCUUUCGCUGGAGAAUCCGACGAACUGCUGCUGCUGCUGUUUCAUGACAGAUGGAGUUCUCUCGAGCUCGAAGAUGAACGACAGCCUUCCCAGGAGCAGCGCCAGCACCGCCACUAUGCUAGAAAGGCAGCUGCUGAAACUGAAACUGCUGCUGCAACAGCAGCAGCAGCAGCUGUUGCAUGUGCUGGAACUAGUGCUGCCGCACCAGUUCAGGCGAAUGGCUUCCUUCUUCUGCCCUUUGACUUGGAUAGAAACAAUUUGGUGGUUUCGCCGCAGCGUUUUUCCCGCGAGGGAACCAGCGUCUGCCGCGGAGAGGGUGGAAGCAGCAAGACUUCUCUCUUGCGAUGGGCAGCAGCAUUCAACAGCUCGAGAGACUCUCCAGCAUACCCCCUCGCCUUGCUGCCUCCCCUGGGGGGUAGAGAGCCGUUUGGUGUAGGCGUGAGUGGAUCGGAGAAGCAUGCAGAGGAGACAUUCCUGCUGCUUUCCCUAGAACCCUCUGGGCACCAGCGCGAAAGCUCCCCCUCUAGAUACUCGAAGAAACAAGAGCAACAACAGCCGCCGUCUGCUGGGUUUGAGCUCUGUCUCUCUUCUGUUCGAUGUGCAGAUGUAGGAUGGUUUGCGGAUGCCGCUGCAGCAGGGGGUCGCUGGAAAGAGGCGGAAAGUUUGCUGGAGGGAGCUCUCUCGCUAGUUCGUUGCACGCGUCGAGAAGCAGCCGCAGGAACGGCAACGGCAGCAAGCGGUGGGGAGAAGGCGGAGUUGCUUCGACGUAUCGAAGAAGAAGAAGAAAGGCUGCAAGUCGCUCUGUCGCAGCUGCAAAAGGAACGCUGGAUCAUGAAGGGCAGGCACCCACACGCCUCGGAGGAAGACUUUCAGGUGAUUGAGUAA